CCCAGCCCGCGGGCCUCCGGGCAUGGCCGAGAAAAGGAGAGCGUCGCCUUGCCCCAUGCUGAGCCUCAAGGCGCACGCCUUCUCGGUGGAGGCGCUCAUCGGAGCCGAGAAGCAGCAGAAGCGACGGAAGCUGGCAGGCGCCGAGGGCGAAGAGGCGCCGGCCGAAGAGGGAGGCAGCAGCAGCAGCUGCGACAAAGGCGCCGGCGAAGGCGCGGACAGCGAAGAAAGCGCAGCUUUGCAGUCCGGCGCUGGGGCUGGUUCGGCAGACGGCGAGCGGAGCUGCAGCGCCCGGGCACUGCCGACCGGCGGCUGCGAAGAGAGUUUCUUGAGGACCGCGUCACCGUCGUUGUCACCCGGAGGGCCUGCCAAGGCCGCGGGUUCGAGGCCCGCUUCGCCUCUGCUUACCCCGCAGGUACCUCGGGUGGACCUGCAGGGCGCGGAGCUCUGGAAGCGCUUCCACGAGAUCGGCACCGAGAUGAUCAUUACCAAGGCGGGAAGACGGAUGUUUCCUGCAAUGAGAGUGAAAAUUUCAGGUCUAGAUCCACAUCAACAAUAUUAUAUUGCUAUGGACAUUGUCCCAGUGGAUAACAAAAGAUACAGGUAUGUUUAUCACAGCUCCAAAUGGAUGGUGGCUGGUAAUGCUGACUCACCCGUGCCUCCUCGUGUAUACAUUCACCCAGAUUCACCUGCCUCAGGAGAGACUUGGAUGAGGCAAGUCAUCAGCUUUGACAAACUGAAACUUACAAACAAUGAAUUGGAUGACCAGGGCCAUAUUAUCCUCCAUUCUAUGCACAAGUACCAGCCACGUGUCCAUGUUAUUCGAAAAGACUGUGGCGAUGAUCUUUCCCCAGUCAAACCCAUUCCGUCUGGGGAGGGGGUAAAGGCAUUUUCUUUUCCUGAGACAGUUUUCACAACUGUUACAGCAUACCAGAACCAACAGAUCACUCGACUCAAGAUUGAUAGGAAUCCUUUUGCCAAAGGAUUUAGAGACUCUGGACGUAACAGGAUGGGAUUGGAAGCUUUAGUGGAGUCUUAUGCAUUCUGGAGACCCUCACUGAGGACCCUUACAUUUGAAGAUAUACCUGGAAUUGCUAAACAAGGAAAUACUGGCUCAUCCUCUUUGCUUCAGGGAACUGGCAAUGGAGUGCCAACCACUCAUCCCCAUCUACUUCCUGGGUCUCCUUGCUCUUCUCCAGCAUUCCAUCUUGGUCCCAACACUAGCCAGCUCUGCAGCCUCACUCCAGCUGACUACACAGCUUGUGCUCGUUCGGGGCUAGCUCUUAACAGAUACAGCACUUCCUUGGCUGAAACCUACAACAGGCUUACCAAUCAAACCACUGAGACCUUUGCGACCCCAAGAACUCCCUCUUAUGUCGGUGUUUCUAGUAGUUCAACUGUGAACAUGUCUGUGACCGGUAGUGACAGCGAUGGCUUUAGCUGUCCACAGACAGGCUUGUCAAUGCAGAUUUCAGGAAUGUCUCCACAGCUUCAGUAUAUUAUGCCUUCCCCAUCAGGCAACACCUUUGCCACAAAUCAAGCUCACCAGAGCUCCUACAACACUUUCAGACUGCACAGCCCGUGUGCUCUCUAUGGAUACAACUUCUCCACAUCCCCUAAACUGGCUGCCAGUCCUGAGAAAAUUGUUUCUUCCCAAGGAAGUUUCUUAGGGUCGUCGCCAAGUGGAACCAUGACUGAUCGGCAGAUGUUGCCCCCUGUGGAAGGAGUGCACUUACUUAGCAGUGGGGGGCAGCAGAAUUUCUUUGACUCGAGGACCCUUGGAAGCUUAACACUGUCAUCAUCUCAAGUUUCUGCACACAUGGUUUGAUAAAGCUUUUAAAAAAUAAAAA